GUUUCAUGAAUCGAUAUGCUUAGUGGCCGUAUUUCACGCAAGCAAUUCUGUUUCUGUUUUAUUUUUAUUAAUUGAAUAGAAUAACGUUUUAUAGUGUAACAGUGUGCCGCUGAAGUGGCCGUGGAGGGAGAAGGUAGUGCUGUGGCGGGAGGCGUAGGCCUCACCGUGAGUAGUAAGGUGUAUCCCAGUCCGGGGGCGGCGCGCGGCGUGUGGGCGCUGCCGCAGCCGCCCCCCUGCUCGAUGGCGGCGGAGGAGCCUCUCCCACCGUGCUCGCCGAUGUCGCCGGACACGCCGGCCGCCCCGCCCCGUGCCAUCACCAGCUUGUAUCACCACUCCGACUUACACCAACUGAUUUUUGAGGCGGUGCGCUCGGGUGAGGUAUCAGAAAUAGAACGACUAGUGGAGAAGCUGGGCGUGGAAGUCUUGAGCGCCCGCGAUCAGCACGGGUACACGCCGGCACACUGGGCCGCACUGGAUGGCAGCGUUGCAGUGAUGCGGUACCUCGUAGAGAGAGGCGCUCCUAUCGACCUGUCCUGUCUGGGCACCCAGGGUCCACGUCCAAUCCACUGGGCAUGUCGGAAAGGUCAUGCAUCAGUUGUCCAAGUGUUGCUGCAAUCAGGGGUAGCUGUUAAUGCGGCAGAUUUCAAAGGCUUGACGCCACUGAUGACGGCGUGCAUGUACGGAAAGACCGCUACUGCGGCUUAUUUAUUGGGGAUGGGGGCGGCGACACGACUCUCUGACAUUAAUGGAGAUACGGCCCUACAUUGGGCAGCGUACAAAGGCCACGCAGACCUAGUGCGGCUUCUUAUCUACUCCGGAGUUCCAUUGCAUUGCACUGACAACUUCGGUUCUACGCCACUGCACCUGGCAUGCUUGUCAGGCAAUCUCACAUGCGUCCGGCUAUUAUGUGAAAAGGUAAAGGCGGAGUUAGAGCCCCGCGACAAGAACGGCAAAACUCCACUUAUGCUGGCCCAGAGCCACCGCCACGCGGAGGUGGUGAAGCUGCUGCAGAAGGAGAUGAAGCGGAAGUCGCACUGGAUGCCCCCGCUCUCUGAACUGUGGGCGUUACUGUUCGGAGGCGCGGGCGAUUCCAAGGGACCACUACUGUUCUUCUUAAUUUCCGUCCUGCUGUGGGGGUAUCCCAUGUAUAUAAUAAGGUGUAUACCGUUGACUUGGAACACUUUGCGACUAUCGCACUACUGCUUCCUGUACUGGAACGCCAUAAUGUGGCUGAGUUGGGUGACCGCCAAUCGACGCGAUCCAGGUUACAUCCCCCAAAACUCAGAAACCUAUUAUCGAGCAAUAAGGCAAAUACCUUACUACGACAAAUGGAAGAAGAGAAAUGUCAUACUUUCGAGACUUUGCCAUACGUGUCGGUGCUUGAGACCACUGAGAGCCAAGCAUUGUCGCAUCUGCAAACGUUGCGUAGCGUACUUUGACCAUCAUUGUCCGUUUAUUUACAACUGCGUCGGGGUUCGCAACCGCAUGUGGUUCUUCCUGUUCGUGAUGAGUGUAGCGAUUAACUGCACACUGUCCAUAUAUUUCGCAUGCUAUUGCCUUCUGCUUGAAGGCUUCGGAUUGCUCUACGCUUUGGGAUUACUGGAGGCCAUCACAUUCUGUGCCCUGGGCUGGAUACUUACGUGCACAUCCAUACUGCACGCGUGCAUGAACUUGACGACCAACGAAAUGUUUAAUUACAAGAGGUAUCCUUACCUCAGGGACAAAAGAGGCCGGUAUCAGAAUCCGUUCUCCAGAGGCCCCAUCAUGAAUUUGAUCGAGUUCUUCGUUUGCCUCCCCGACAAAUGCGACGAACAAGACUUUUUACAUGAGGAGACUAUAUGAUCUGAAAUGCGAUGACGUACUGCCACUAUAUUAGCUUCAUAAGGAACUCUUAGAUUAUAUGGUGCUGUCAUUAAUGGGUUCCUAUGCAAUGAAAUGGCACAAUGUAAAUACUAAAAUACAAAAAGAAUCGCUUGCUCUUUGAUCUCGAACCACAUAUUUUCAUCAUAUUUAUCUUUACUGCUCUACAUAAAGAUAAGCCUAUCAGGCAGUAGAAAUUGAAUUUAAUGUAGGUACUAUAACUUACCUACAUUGAUAUCUAUAAAUAAAAGCUUGCACUGCAAGUAUUAAACAGUACAAAAUUAUUAAGAUUUGUUAUAUUCCAAGUUAAGAUUAAUCUAAGAAAAAUAUAUAUUCUUUUGCGUGAAUCGCUUACAUAAGAGUUAGUCAGAAAUAUUGUUUAGUAUAUUUGCAGUUUUUAGGAAUAUGUAGGUAGAUAACUUUGGAUGCACCAUGCGCAGAAAAAAAUAACUAUUGUGUUAUGUCCGAGAAAUUAUAAUUGUUUGUGUAUAUUUAAAUACAAGAGAAUACCUAUCCCAUUUGAUAAAUUAACAUAUACAUGAUAAUUUCAUAAGCAAAUAGGUGCCGGAUGCAACAUGUCACUAGAUUAAUUUAAAAAAUUAUGAACUCUUCAAAAAAUUCAUCAAAUAAGAUUUACCUACUUGUAUUUUCUGGUUUACACCUUUUAUUAGGAGAAAUAUAAACACAAUAAUUUGAAUUAAUAAAGAUCUUCUUGGAGCUUA